CAUUACAUUUGUUUGUAGAAUAUUCACAAGAAUUCAUGUGUCAAUAGAGGGAUCCCUGUUUAAAAGGCAACUUUUAUUUAAUAUUAAUUAUACAUAGUGUAUGAAGCAAAUGUAACAUGAUUGAAUAAACAAGGUUAUAUUUUGCUGAAAUUUCAAGGUACUUAGAAACGGAGAUUGAAGUUUUUAUUUGUCAUUAACUUCAACCAUUCAUUUCAAGUUAUACAUUCACAAUUCAAGUUUUAUAAAAUGGACAACAUGAAACGUUUACCACUGCACGAAGCUCUAAAGUCAUUGGCUUGGUUAGAAGGAACAUGGAAAAUAGAGAACUAUGGCAGUGGCAAAUAUCCAACUAUUAAAGAUUUCAAUUAUUGCGAGGAGAUAAGCUUUGUAUCCAUAGGACAACCCAUGUUCAAUUACACUGCACAAAGUUGGCAUCCAGAAUCAAAGAAACCAAUGCAUCGGGAAACAGGUUUCCUAAAAAUAAUUCCAGGCACCAACAAAGUAUCUCUUGUUUUGGCUCACAAUUUUGGUUUAGCAACUGUCGAAGAAGGUGAAGCGACUGAGAAAGCUAUUAAUUUGAAGAGUACUGAUACUAUAUUGAGAGUACAAGGAACAAAACCACCGGCUGUUACACAGUUGUGUAGAGAAUUCAAAUUAGAUGGUGACUGUUUGGAACACGUGCUUUAUAUGGCAACUUCGAAUACUCCAGAGCUGACUGAACACUUGCGAGCAAAAUAUAAAAAAGUGUGUGAAGUAUAGCAUAAGAGUAUACAAAGAGAAGAUCAAAUUUUGAAUGCGCCUCACUGUAUAUUUACUACUAUUUACUGAUGUAAUAUCCUGUAAGUAUUAUACGCGAAUAAAGUUCUAGAGUAUUGGAGAAUAAAUGUGUGCCAAAUUGUCCAUUCAUAAGCUCUGGUAAUUCAUUGUGUCUAUACAUGAUCCACUGCGCAUUGCGUAACUAACAUAUCAUUUGCAAAUUUAAACUCGUAGUUGUAUUCCGCAAAACACGCAGAAACACGCUUAGAAAUAUC